GUGAUGCGACUCUGCGCUGUCAGUGGAUCCUCCGCUCCCAGCCAACUCCUCUUGUCCUCAUCCUGUCAUGCGUGCACUUCCGGCUCCAUCUCCCUGACCGAUCACCGCAAACCUCCCGCAGAUGUUCUUGCGCGCACAGGAAAACCCGCCGGCAGAAUGAACGGUUACGGAUCCCCGUACCUGUACAUGGGGGCCCCGGUGUCGCAGCCCCGCGCCCCGCUCCAGAGGACGCCCAAGUGCGCCCGGUGCCGGAACCACGGCGUCCUGUCGUGGCUGAAGGGACACAAGCGCUACUGCCGCUUCAAGGAUUGCACCUGCGAGAAGUGCAUCCUCAUCAUCGAGCGGCAGCGCGUCAUGGCGGCGCAGGUGGCGCUGCGCCGCCAGCAGGCCAACGAGAGCCUGGAGAGCCUCAUCCCGGAGUCCCUCAGGGUGCUGCCGGGCAUCGGCAUGAGCGGGGCCGGCGACGGGUGCCAGGGAGCCCCGCCGGCGAGGAGCGAGGAGCUGGAGCUGAGGUGGAGCGGCGCGGAGCCUCCGCAAACACGCACAGACGCUGCGGAUGAUGGACAAGACGAGGCGUCGGGAGGUGAGAACACCGGCAGCUCCAGUGACAAGGAGCCGGACCCGGCCAGCUCCCCGGAAGGAUCCAAGCCCAGUUCCUGCUACACCCCGGAGCCUCCGGAGGCCGCCCCGCAGCCCGACAACAGCCGCUACAGCCUCCCCAAAGCCGGCGGCGCCGACAAGGAGGACAAGGCCGAGAGUCCGCAGCGACACCCGUCCGCUUCCGGGGAGCCGAACCUGCUGAUCGAGGGCCUGUCCGGGUCCAUCAGCCUGCCGCUCAGCCUGCGGGCCAACCGGCCCCCGCUGGAGGUCCUCAAGAAGAUCUUCCCCACGCACAAGCCGCCGGUGCUGGAGCUCAUCCUGCGGGGCUGCGGCGGGGAUCUGGUCGGAGCCAUCGAGGUGCUGCUGUCCAGCCGGAACCCGGACGGGAGCGCUCACCCUCACACGGAGCCCCACCCGGUAUCGGACGGCCUGGUUCUGCCGCAGAACGGACACCUGUUCGAGCACGCGUUGGGCUCCUACCACCCGGUGUCCUCCUCCGCCAAGUGGUCCGUGGGCUCCGCCUUCCGGGUCCCGGACUCCCUGCGGUUCGGCUCGGACUCUGCGUCGGGCGCGCUGGGUGUCCCGCUGCAGCACCCGUCCUUCCCGCAGCCCGCGCGCUACCCGCUCAUGCUGCGCAGUUCGCUCACGCGCAGCCAGAGCGGCCCGUUCGUGCACAACGACGUGACCCUGUGGAACACCGUGGCGCUGCAGCAGCAGUACCAGCUGCGCUCCGCCGCGCAGUACGUCUCCCCCUUCGGCCCGGCGGCGCCCGCGGGCGCCAGCGCCUCGGUGUUCCGCGGCUCCCCGAUCAUCCCGUCCAGAGCCGCCGAGGAGCCGCGCAUCAGCAUCCAGGAGGAGAGCUGCACGCUGGGCCCCAAGGCGGGCCUCUACUCCCCGGAGGAGGACUAUGAAGAGCGCUCCGACUCCGCAGACUCCCGCAUCCUGAACGCAUCCACCUGAGGCGUUGACCCGUUAAGGAACAAAAAACCCCAAAAAACAAACAAAACAAAACAAAAAAACGCGCCGAUGUGAACGGACGCAGAAAUGUUUCUGUUGUUUAAACUGUUUGAACAACACAGAAGAAAUGACUUGACCAAAACUGGAUGAAUGUAAGAGACUGAGCUUUUUCCUGUCAGCAUGUUUCUCUGAUCAACACUGCAUGUCCAAAACGCCAAAUAAACCUGAUCAGCUUCAUUUCUGUA